AUGAAGACCGCCACAGCUUUGUUCCUGGGUGCCAUGUACGCUGGUAUCGCUGCUGCCACUCCUUUGGACAAGCGCGCAUACACAACCGAAGUCGAGAUGUUCACCGUCACUGUCACCGUGACCGGAUACCCACCCGCUGAUACACCUGCGGCUACCUCUGUCGACGCCGCUCCCUCUGCCCAAGUUACCUCUGGCGAUUCUGAAGUUCGCAACGGCUGGAGCAGUUGGGGUGGCUGGGGUGAAUGGCGCGGAGGAAGCUGGAGCAGCGACUCUGCUGCUCCGACUGGCGCCCCCGAAUCGAACUCCUGGUCAUCUUCAACCCCAGAAGCUCCUGCUGCCUCUUCAUCUGCUCCUGCGCCGGUCUCAACUUCGGUUUCUUCGGACUAUAAGCAAGGAAUACUUGACUCCCACAACAUGCACCGCUCGAAUGCGUCAGUUCCAAGCCUUAGCUGGGAUGACCACAUGGCUUCGAUUGCCGCUCAGAUAGCCGCCAGCUGCGUCUACGCUCAUGACACCUCCACAGGUGGCGGUGGGUAUGGCCAAAACAUCGGCGCAGGUGCUCCCCCCGAAGAUAUCCCCGCCAUGAUCACCAACGAGAUGUACAACGGCGAGAUCGGCUUCUACCCAGGAUAUGGGUCUGAGCCUGACAUGAGCAACUUCGAGAAGUGGGGUCACUACUCUCAGAUCGUGUGGAGGUCGACCACGGGCGUUGGUUGCGCAACCCAGUAUUGCCCCAACGGGUUGGCUAACACAGGCGGCAACGUUAGCCCGUACUUCACAGUCUGUAACUAUAGCCCGCCUGGUAACUUCGGCGGCCAAUAUGCUGCGAACGUCCUUCAACCAGGAAACACACCCACCGUCACGUUGUAA